AUGCUCCUCCUCACCACCAUCCUCACCCUGGCCGCAACCUGCCUCGCCUCCGCCACCCCCCUCGUCGACCGCGACGCAGGAACAGACCUCCUAAUCACGGACCUGCUCCGCCUCGACCGCGCCAUCAGAACCAUCACAACCGCCGCCAACAGCUUCACCGGCACCGCAGCCUCCUACGGCGCCAUCCGCGAGUCCAUUUCAGAAGUAAACCGUACCAACCGCAUCGCCUACUACGACGCCAUGACCAUCAAGCCUCAAUCAAUCCCCGACAGCAAUCGGAUCAUCGCCGUCGUUGCGAAUCCCAUUCAACCCGAUAUCACGCAAGCUGUCGAUGCCUUGAUUGCGAAGAAGGAUGCGAUCGAUAAGGGGGGGUUCAUGAAGGAGACGGCCGAUGGUCUUAAUCUCAUUUCGUAUGACCAUGAUACGCUCAGCUUGGUGGCUGUUGCGCCGAAGUUGAGUCCGGUGACGAUUCCGGCUGCGGCGCCGCCGGUGUUGCAGAUCGAUUUGGAUUGGAGGAGGGGCGUGGUUGCGUUUGGGGGUGUGCCGUUGGCGCCGAUUACGAUGUAG